UAAUAGAUUAAGUAUAAAUAGAGAUAGUUUCUCUUUUUAAGCUGGCAUGUCUUCGCUGGUUUUAUGAGAGGAAAUAAAGGAGAGAGAUUUGCUUCCAUUUCAACUAUCAAAACGACACUUGUUUUCAUUUCUCUGUCUCCUUUUUUUCUUCUUUCAUUUAGGUUUAGGGUUUUUUUUUUCUCUUUUUUUUUACCCUAGUUUUUUCUGUCUUUUGAUUUGCAUUGCGGAGAAAAGCUAUAAAUCUUGCUAUUCUUUUCUUCCCCCUUCCCAGGACUUGCAAUUUUAUGCGUAAAAAAUGGUAGUUGCAGAAACUGGAGAAGAUGUUGCUGUACAUGCAGAGCCCCCUGAUCCUGAUGUUCUUGAGAUCGAUCCAACCUCUCGAUACAUAAUGUAUAAUGAAGUACUUGGGAAAGGUGCCUUCAAGACAGUUUACAAGGCAUUUGAUGAGCUUAAUGGCAUUGAAGUGGCAUGGAACCAAGUUCGGAUUGAGGAGGUCCUACAGAAGCCUGAAGACUUGGAGAGACUGUAUUCUGAAGUGCGACUCUUGAAAUCAUUGAAACAUAGUAAUAUUGUGAGAUUUUACAAUUCAUGGAUUGAUGAUAAAAAGAAGACUGUAAAUAUUAUAACUGAGCUGUUCACCUCAGGAAGCCUCAGGCAGUAUCGUAAGAAACACAAGAAGGUUGACAUCAAGGCUGUGAAGAGUUGGGCAAGACAGAUUUUAACAGGUUUAGUUUACCUGCAUAGCCAUGACCCACCAAUUAUACACAGGGAUCUGAAGUGUGAUAACAUAUUCAUCAAUGGCAACCAAGGUGAAGUUAAGAUUGGUGAUCUUGGGUUAGCAACUGUGUUGGAGCAAUCUAACGCCAAAAGUGUGAUUGGAACCCCUGAAUUUAUGGCACCUGAGCUGUAUGAUGAGAAUUACAAUGAGUUGGUUGAUAUUUAUUCCUUUGGAAUGUGCAUGCUGGAGAUGGUGACUUUUGAAUAUCCUUACAGUGAGUGUAGAAACUCAGCUCAGAUAUAUAAGAAAGUUUCAUCUGGAAUUAAACCUGCUGCACUUUCUAAGGUUAAUGAUCAAGAGAUGAAACUAUUUAUUGAGAAGUGUUUAGUUCCGGCACCUCAAAGAUUAUCAGCGAAGGAACUUUUAAUGGACCCUUUUCUUCAAGCUAAUGGAUCAGCAAAAAGUCGUCCUUUCGCACUCCCCGAUAUUGUUAUGCCCAAAAUUGGAGCCUUUGGAGAUCGCUGCCUCAUGUCAGAAGCGCCUGCUUCCACACGGAAUAGACCAUCCUCUUUGGAUCUUGGUAGCGAUAGUGAGCUGCCUGUUAUCAAAUUCCUUGAUAAUUCCUUGGGCAUUGAGGUGAGGAGGACUAACAAAGGCCAUGUUUUCUUGUUAAAAGGCGAGGGGAAUGAUGAAAAUUCUGUAUCAUUAAUCCUUCGAAUAGCUGAUCAGAAUGAUCGUGUGAGAAAUAUUCAUUUCCUCUUCUUCCUUGAUAGUGAUACUGCGCUCUCAGUUUCAAGUGAAAUGGUUGAGCAACUGGAAUUAGCAGAUCAAAAUGAUGUGUUCAUAGCAGAAUUGAUUGAUUUGUUGUUAUUAAAUCUCAUUCCCGGUUGGAAACCAUGUGUUUCCAUUGAUCAUCUAGUUCCUCCAAACAGAAGACAAACUUCAAGAGAUUAUCAAUACUCACAAGGACAUGGGGAGACUUCCUUGGGAUCUUCCCAACAUACUGCUCAUACAGACAAUGGUUCACAAUCCAAACUUUGUUCCAAUGCUAGCACAUUAGGAGCAUCUGAUGAAUCAACAAAGCAAGGUCCUUGUUCUGUGAAAUUUAAUGGAAAAACGUCUCAUGCCAAAUUCGUGGUAGAAGAUUCAGGAUCUGAGAUGUCAUUUGCUUCUGCAAAUUCGAAUGAGUGGAACGAUAAACUUAGCUCCGUUCAUUCUUUCAUGUCUGCUGAAUUAGGGCCUAUGUGCUGCAAUGGACAUGGGUUCAAAAGAAGUUCAAGCAAGUUGUUAUCUGAAGCGGAAUUAUACUUCCAUGCAGAGAGUAUGUCGACAAACCCGGAAUCUUCUUCUACUUCAGGUCCGGUGGAAGACGAGGAGUUAAGACUAGAGCUGGAAAUGAUUGAGUUGCAGUAUCAGGAGGCAAUGAAAGAAAUAUCCAAGAGAAGACAUGAAGCUAUCAUGGACACAAGAAGAAGAUUGUCCCAGAAGAAGAUGCAUUCGGUUUACUAGUCCAAAUAUAUAUAUUUAAAAAAUGAAUCUGUAAAUGGCCCUGCAAAUGUACAUACUUUAUUAUGGGCAGACAAUCUCCUUUUCCUCCCCGUUUUUCCUUGCCGGAGUGGAAGAGGAAGUGAAAUGUUAAUAAAACUUCUCUCUUCUAAA